AUGCUAGCGCGGAACCUCACGGCUGCUUUCUCUGAACAACUCCGCGCCGUCAUAAAUAAUGCUCCCACUCAACAACGAGUAUUAGAAGAUAUGGCGGAUCAAAUAAAAAACUUGCGGGAACGAAUCGAACCCCACCAGGAGAUACCGAAGUCUCAUGAAUCUCAGGAUGGGAACUCGAGGACGUCCCACUCCAGUAGACGCAAUAAGAAGAGGCGGGAGAGAUCUAGAACCUACCUGAGCCUCAGCAAAACAGAUCUGCGAGAUGGCGAAUCUAAAACCGCCUCUCGAGACGUCUGCACCUUCCUAGAGAGCAAGAAACAAAAGACGUCUGAAAGCGUCCAAUCGUUGGUGGAUAAAAGGAGGGAAGAAAGAAAGCAAGCCCAAGCGGCGGAGUCUAGCCGCCGCAUCACCAUGUCGCGGAAUGAGGCCGGCAAAAGUAGUCUUUCUGGAAAACUUGUACCCAUAAUCUCUCCAUUGGCCCCGGAGAUACUAAAUACCCCCAGUAAUGGGAAGAUAAAGAUUCCGAACAUGGCGGCCUUCGAUGGAACGUCCUGCCCGGAGGAACACCUGAUGGCCUACAAAAACUUGAUAUUGCUGUAUACCAAUGACGCGUCGUUGUGGUGCAAGUUCUUCCCGACUACUCUUACGGGAGUAGCACUGACAUGGUAUACCUCCCUUCCAGGAGGACGUAUACAAAACUUUGCCCAACUGGAAGAGAAGUUCUUGGGCCACUUUAUAGCUUCCAGAAGGCAGGAGAAAUCAAAUUUCCAUCUACUCAGCAUCACGCAAUUAGAAGGGGAGUCCAUAUCAUCCUAUCUAAAAAAGUUUCAUGAGGCGGUGCUGGAGGCCCAUGAUCCUAAAAAACGGAGGUCUGAUAAGAAGGACCCCACUGCCAAUCAAUCCUCGAGAAACAGAGAGGAACAAUCAUUGAGGAGGGAAAGAAACUACCCUCCACGUCGUCCGGAGCCCCCGUCAGAUAUGGGGCCUCCACGAUCCAGACAUGUGUACGUCACGGAAGGGGAAACAAGGACGCGGAGUAUACUCGAUGGAGGCAAUGACCCGAUGUUCAACCGCAACAGGAAAGACAUAUUCUAUGCCAUCCGCAAUGAAUUGCCAACUCCGCCUCCUACUAACACCCCCUCCAACCGUCGCAACUUCAAUCUGUGGUGUGACUACCACAAAGAACACGGCCACACUUUGGCCCAAUGCCGUGAACUUAAACGUAUCCUACACCAAUUGGCUGAUGAAGGGAAACUAUCAAGGUUCAUCAAUCGAAAAGACUAUGGCACGAGAGGCGACGCGGAAAGAAGGCCUUGGAACCAGAAAAGAAACGAGGCUAGGCGCGAAAGUUCCAACACACAAGGAACCAUCAAUAUGAUUUUCAGCGGCUACACCGAGGAAUAUCCUACAAUCCGCGCCGCGAAAGACAGCGUUCAUACUCUGUUCAAAGGACCCCCAAAAACCACCUCAAGUGGGCCGAUCAUGAGAUUUGAUGCCACUACUUCCCAACCGUUGCAACAACCACACAUUGAUCCUUUAGUGGUUACCAUCAAGAUUGGGCAAAUGAUGGUGAGGCGAGUAUUGGUGGAUACCAGAAGCACAGCCGAUCUUAUAACGAUGGAAUGCCUAAGAAAAAUGAAAUUCGAAGAAAAGCACCUGCAACCCCUUGAUAAACCUUUAAUUGGGUUUGGAGGAAACCAGGUCAUUCCAAUGGGAACAAUCAUACUCCCUGUGCGAGUAGGGGAAAGAAGCGGAAGCAGAACAAUGCCCGUGCGAUUCACAGUGGUAGAUCUGACGUUCCCCUACAACGCCAUCAUGGGACUCCCACUCAUCAACAUGAUCAAAGCGGUAAUCUUCCCUCAUCAACUCUUAUUACAGUUUGAGCAGGACGACGGACAAGUGGGCAUCCUCAAGGGAGACCAGGUAAUGGCCCGCCAAUGCCUCAUCAACACCAUGAAACGAGGAACUUUCGUCAUCCCUUCUAAAAGAGGAAGGGGAGAAAAGUCUCCUUCCGUCAUGAGUAUAGAUGGACAAUAG